UUUCUUUUGAAUGUUCAACUAUCUUGAAAUACAAAUCCUACAUAGUCGAGAUAUUUCGAUUUAAUUACAAACUUGGAAAAAUCGCAAAUGGAUUUUGCCAUCUACGAUAAUCAUUACAUACGACGUUUUGAACAAAUCAUUUCAAAUCAAAAUGACAAUAGUAACAGUAGUAAUAAUAGUUCAAAAAGUAAUCUAACAAAAAAAUUACGUUCACCAUUGUCACUAGAACAACGUGAAAUGAUUAAUGCAAAACGUCGUGUGUCAGCAUUGACAGAUGAACAACGUGAACGACGUAAUGAAAAACGUCGUGUCACAUCAUUAACACCGGAACAACGUGAACGCAUUAAUGCUAAACGUAGGGUCGCCUCAUUAACACCUGAACAACGUGAAAAACGUAAUCAAAAACGGCGUGUAUCAUCAUUAUCACAGGAACAACGUGAACGUCGUAAUCAGAAAAGGCGUAUAUCAUCGAUGACACCUGAACAAAGAACAAUGGUCAAUUCAAAAAGACGCCGCAGUACUUCUUCAUCAUCGAAUCAUCAUCAUCAUCAACACCAUAAUCAUUCACAUUCAUCAACAAUAACGGUUAAUCAACAAGGCCAACAUCAACAACAGAAUCAUCAUCAACAACCACAACAGACAUCAGCGCAAAUUUUAUUGAAUCAUGCGACAACGCAUGGAAUAAAAGUGGCUAAUCUUUCAACCACACAACAACAACAACAACAGCAACAAACCCAGAUAAUGCCAUCAACACAGGAAUUUCUUGUUCAAAUAUCCGACACAAUGGAUCCGAAUAAAGCGACAAUGGUUACAAUAGCAACAGGACCGGCUAUACCGGGUGCCCAUCAUAAUAAUCAUAAUUCAAAUAAUAAUAAUAAUCAAACAAAUCAGAUAACAUCUUAUGAAAAUCUAUUUCGACAUAAAUUUUCACAGUAUUCACCGCAGGAUAUGGAAAUAUUACAAACGAUUCGCAAUACAACCAUAAUGAAUCGUCGUUGCUAGCUAUAAAUAUGGAAGAUAAACUAUUUUAAUAUAUAUAUAAAUGACAUAUAUCAGUUAUCAAUAGAUAGUCACACCAACAAUGAUCAUCACAUUCAUUUUUCGCUUUGUUCAAUUUCCCGCCUUUUCUAAAUUUUUCAUUUCAUAAACAUACACAAACAUUUAUGAAUAACACACUUACAUUAUACUAUUCAUUCGAUCGAU